AUGAGACUCGGUCACACAAUCGAAGACUCGCGGAAGAAAUAUCCAGAAAUCACGGACGAGAUUUUGGACUGUCUGCAAAAAUGGGCGAAUGACCGAGGCCUUCCCAAUAUUCCCAAAGAACAAUUGGCCUUAUUCGCGCACAGUUGUUACUUCGACAUAGAGGCCACUAGACGAUGCAUGAACGUAUACUACAGCAUGCGAGCCACGAUCCCGGAAUUGUUUAACAAUAGAGAUUCCAACCUCGAUUUGCAACACUCUCUGAAAACCUUGGAAUUCGCGAUACUUCCCAAGCCUGAUCGAAAUGGUAACUGGAUAAUCAUUAAUCGAUUGGCGGAUCCACGGCCAUCUCAGUUCAUAUUCAACGACAGCAUCAAGCUGCUGUUCAUGUCCUAUGACGCGAGCCUUUAUACGAAUGGUUGUUCGGAGGGAUAUAUAAUUCUUAUGGACAUGGCUAAAAUGCGACUCGGUCACUUGACCAGAUUGUCGAUGAACACCCUUCGCAAAUCCUUGGAGUACGUUCAAGGAGGCGUGCCGUUGAGGCUAAAAGGGAUCUAUAUGGUGAACGCGACCUGGUUAAUGGACAAGGUCAUUGCGCUUAUGAGACCAUUCAUGAAGCAAGAGUUUUUCGAAAUA